UUCUGUUUCUCUUCCAACAGAAUUACUGCCAUGGCAACGCAAGUGCUGGGACAGUCUGGUGGGAACAGCCUCUUUCCUGGCAGUGCUAAUAUCGGUAUGGCAUUGUCCAAUGACAUGUAUGACUUGCAUGACCUUUCUAAAGCUGAGCUGGCAGCUCCUCAGCUUAUUAUGUUGGCAAAUGUGGCCUUGACCGGAGAAGUCAAUGGCAACUGUUGCGAUUACCUGGUUGGAGAAGAGAGACAAAUGGCUGAGCUGACAACGGUGGGGGACAGCAACUUCUCAGACAGCGAUGGAGAGGGCAUGGAAGAUACCCAGGCUGCAGAGACUGACCGCGAGGCACCUGAAAAUGUGGAAUUAAGCUCUCUUGAAGUUCCUAGUGUGGAAACCCAAGGUCCAGCUGCUUGCCCCCCUCCUAAGACUCCCAGCGUGGACAAAGAUGUCCCAUUGGAAGCACCAGGUACUCCAGAAAGCACAGAGGACAAAUCUAAGAGCUUGAAGAGCAAGCCGUUUCGUUGUAAGCCUUGCCAGUACGAGGCAGAGUCUGAAGAGGAGUUUGUGCAUCAUAUCAGGGUUCACAGCGCCAAGAAAUUCUUUGUGGAAGAAAAUGCAGAAAAGCAAGCCCAGGUGAAGGACUCUGAUUCUUGCACCGCAGAAGAGGUGGAUUUCUCUAAGGGCCCAAUCCGUUGUGAUCGUUGUGGCUAUAACACUAACAGAUAUGAUCACUAUCUGGCUCACUUGAAGCACCACAACAAAGCAGGGGAAAAUGAGAGAGUCUACAAGUGUACCAUAUGCACUUAUACUACCGUCAGUGAAUAUCACUGGAAGAAACACCUAAGAAAUCAUUUUCCCCGGAAAGUGUAUACCUGCUCACAAUGCUCCUAUUUUUCAGACAGGAAGAACAAUUAUAUUCAACAUAUUCGAACUCACACAGGAGAGCGACCCUAUCAAUGUGCUAUGUGUCCUUAUUCCAGCUCUCAGAAGACCCAUUUAACCAGGCACAUGCGCACCCACUCAGGUGAGAAGCCAUUCAAAUGUGAUCAGUGCAGCUAUGUGGCCUCAAACCAGCAUGAAGUAACUCGUCACGCAAGGCAGGUUCACAAUGGGCCGAAGCCUCUGACUUGCCCACACUGUGACUACAAAACAGCUGACCGCAGCAAUUUCAAAAAGCACGUUGAGCUCCACGUCAAUCCGCGCCAGUUUCUCUGUCCUGUUUGUGAUUAUGCAGCAUCUAAAAAAUGUAACCUGCAGUAUCACAUCAAAUCGAGGCAUCCCGAUUGUUCUGACAUCACCAUGGAUGUUUCCAAGGUGAAGCUACGGACUAAAAAGAGCGAAGCUGACUUUUCUGAGAACAUUAAUGACAAAGCGGAGAAGGAACAAACGAAAGGAGAUUCAGCAGCGAAGAAAACUGAGAAAACUGUGAAAGUGGAGAAAAAAGAUAAUUUGACAAAGGAAAAGAAACCGACGAGCAAUGUUUCUGCAGGCCAGGUGACAACCAGAAGUCGGAAAUCAGCUUCAGAAAACAAGGAGGUAGAUAUUAAAACUGAGAAAAAUACUGAGAAAAUGUGUAAAACAAAGAUCAAAAGAAAAGCAGAGGCUGAAGUAACUUCCUCAAAGCAAGAGCCUGCAAAUGAUACCUCAGCAGUAACAAAAAAGAAAAAGAAAGUGGAAACUAAACGCAGAGACUGCCAGGAAGUUCAAAAAAGUGACGUUGUACCAGAGGAGGAGCCUAAAAAGCAAAAUUCUUGCCUCAAGAAAAACAGAAAAAAGAAAGCUCUGAAAAAUAAGCACGGUAAGAGAAGCAGUAAACUUGAUGAGGAGAAGAUCGAGGAUGAGGAGAUGCCAGACGAGUGUCCUAGCACAGAAGAGGAUGGAUGUGGGAAGCCUGACACUGAGGGCAGCGUCCAGAAGGAGGACGAUCCCACUGACACGGCGGCAUUAAACAACGAUGGUGGCCAUGCUCUCAAGGGGGAGAGCACCGAUCCCAAAGGAAGCUGCAUACAAGGCCCAGGGCAGCUUUGUCUGCCAGCUCAGGAUGCAAACACAGAAGCUGAGGUAGAGGACCAAGAAAUGCCUGCUGCAGCAGGAGAGAGCGAAGACACUGUUGGUGAAGAAGAGGAGAGAAAGGCGGACAGAGGGCAGGACACUUGCCCUGAGGAAUCUUCCCAUGCAGUGUCUUCUGAAAAAAGCUUGGACGUGCCCAUGGAUGUGGUACCAGAUCUGGCACCUGAGAAGGAGCCAGAGGAUACCUGCAUGGCAGAAACCUGCAUGGCAGAAGCUGUGAAUAACUCAGAGCCAAUGGACCUGACUAAGACGUGCCUGCCGGCAACGGAGCCAACAGGAGAUUCCUUGCCGGCACCUGUGCCUCCAGAAGGGUGUAUGCAAAGCCCUAAAGUUGCUCUGGCCUCCUUAUCAUCUCCGGAUAACACAGCAGUGAAUGAAUCUCAGGAAAUGGAUGAGGACGAGGGCAUACACAGCCACGAAGGCAGCGACAUAAGUGACAACAUAUCAGAAGGAAGCGAUGACUCGGGAUUAAACGGUGCUCGCUCCGUACAAGAAGAAACGAGUCCAAAGGCGUCACAAGGAGCUGCAGGCACCACAGUGGCCAGGGAGAACUAUGUGUGCAUAUUUUGUGACCGCUCAUUUAAAAAGGAAGGUGAAUACAGCAAGCACCUCAAUCGCCACUUAGUCAACGUGUAUUACCUUGAGAAGGCGACAAAAGGGCAGGAGUAGAAAUAGCUGUGGUUUGGGGGAAUCUUCUUUUGUAAGAUCUUAUACAGCUUAUGUACAGAUAUUGUAGAUUUUUUUUCUGUUUUUUUUUUUAAGCACGGUUUGUUUUAGUGUCUGCAUUGGUUUGUUUUUUGUUUGGUUUUUUUAAGUUGAAAAUAUUUUUUGACAACUCUUUAUGUAAUGGUGAACUCAUUAACUAUUGGAUCUCUUAAUUAGAGAAGGCAGGUAGGGUGUAUGAAGCUGUGUUCUGUGAAGUCAGUGUAAGCUUCUAGUCUAUUAGCCUAUGCAGUUCUUUUAUAAAUUGAGUUUUAGGAACAAGAAUGUAGCUAACAAUACACAAGUUGGAUGUUUAUAGAGCCAUUGGCAUUAGUUGCUUUUUGUUCUAGCAGCCAACUCCUUCUCUCUCUCCCCUCUUCCCUUCCCCCCCCCCCCCCUUUUUUUUCUGGUUCUUCUUGGUGUGUCUUGAUGUUCAAAGUGUUAAACUACUUGAUGGUUUUUCUACCAGGAAGAUAGCUUCUAUUAAAUAAAAGAGCACUUUGUAAAAGAAAUCAAAGUUGGCUAGUGAUGAACAUAACUGUUUAAGAUAAUUAUAAUUGUGAACGUACAUUUCAGAUCCCCUAAGCAUGAAUGGUGAGCCAAAACUUAGGAGUAGUCCUUCCAACUUUUGAUUGGAGAACCUCUGUCUUGAUUAAUAUCUUAAUGACUAUGAUAUGUAAUCGGCUUUGUUGUGGGGGAGCAAGUUUGUUAUUUUUAAUUUCUGCUUUUUUUUUUUUUUUAUUGUGCUUUAAGGGCUUAAAAUAUUGCACAUUGUUUUCGAUUUUUACCUAUGCAGUUUAAUCCUUUAGGAAUAGCGCUUGUGCAGUACAUGUACACUUUAUAUAUGCAUGUUUGGUUUUGUUUGUGUACGUUGUUUUUUUUUAUUAUUAUUACUUGGAAACAUUCAGAUUCGUUGCUUACCACGAAACAGUUUUCUGUGAUGCUCUUUACUGAAGAUUUUUCUUGUUUCCCGGGGUCUUAUUAGUUGUGCAUGAAGUUGCUGAAAUUAUUAAGUGCUUGGCUAUGUAUUUUUGACUGGCUUUAAAAUGGUAUAAUUCUUGAGCAAAAGAAUAUCAAUGCAAUUUCAAAACACUAUUUUAUAGGAUUUGUUUUAUCAUGGAAACGCCACUUCUGAUAUUUUGACUACACGUACAGAGUAAUAAAUUCUAAUUUGUAAUUUGCGAUCACCAGACAGGAAAAUACUUGCUCUCAAUGGAAAUGGUCUGCAGAUUCUGCAAGUCCACAUGAUUCUUAAAAAAACAAAAUAGUAGCACUGAUAGAAAUAUGGUUCAUCAAAAUCUUAACAUCUCACACACCAAAAAUACAAAUAAAGGUAAAUCAACUGGUAAGCAACAAACCUGGCAUUAAAAACUGUAGGAAUUCCUGCUCCUUAUUCAUUCAAGCUGCAUUUAAUAAAAUCAUCCUGCCUCUAUGCAGAGCAAAACACAUAAGUGAUCGGAUUGUCAUCUCAGGCAGGUCUACGUGCAAGAAAUGUCAUACCAGGAGUUUUUAAUUCUGAACAGAUUUAAUUUCUGGCACACACAAACACAAGAGAGAUCGCAUGCUUACUGCUUGUAGCCAGCCAGUGGCAAAAGGUAAACAAAAUCCAAACCGUCAGGAAAAAGCAAAACCCUCCCGUCGCCUCAGUGCGCUCUUCUGACAGUCAUUAGCCGCCUGUCCCGUGGGAGCGACUGGGGGCAGCUUCUCUGGUUGUCAACUCCAAAGAAGCAAAUUUGGAGGCAGGUGUUAUCUGGAGAGUGCAGUUGAGGAGUUCAGACGGUAUUUGUCAGAGCACUUUAUGGCAAGUACUCUCAAUGUAAACUCUGGAAUAAACCCUAUUCUUCUCUGCAUGUCCCCGCAGCAUCUUCCCCUCCAAACAAACCCACUGCCUUGAAUGAAUAGAGAGCAACAAUGCUACAUUGCUCUGCUUUUGGGAGAGAUUGGUAAUAGGAGGCCAAAGAUUCAAGAGGGAAGGCAUCCCUCGUGGCAGAAAUAAAUUGUAUAAUGUACAGUGAGUUUUUGUUUGCUUAGAUAGUCUUCAAUCCUUACCUUGGCUGCGACAAUCAUUGUCAACUGAAGAUCAAGUUGCAACUAUAUUUAUGUUAAACAUUAAGAAAAUAAACCUAGUUGAAUUGUUUUCCUAAACAACGAGUUGUAGUAGUCUUAGAUGUAUUUUUUUUCUUCAUAAUAGUGUUUCCUUUAUGUUGCCACCAUUUGUGAGCGAUGUGAGCAGAUGCUGGGAAUUCCAGUACUGUGUAGAGGUUUUAUAGCUCCCUUCAUAUCUUUGCGAGGAGCCUUUGCCAUCUCGUGAGAGACUUCAAGGACUUCAGCUGUGUUCAAAUACCUUGUGGACUGGCCUGAUAAUUUUUCUCGUUUUUUCUUAAAUGAAAAUAAUGAUGUUGACUGACUUAAAAUCUCUCUCUAUGAGAUGAAAACAAAGAUGUGGUUCUCUGAGAUGCUCUGCUGCACAUUUCUGUGAAGUGGUCAAGGUUUCAAUGCAUGAUCUGACAAGAGCUCUUUGAAGACGACAGUCGGCUCCAGUUCGGCAGUGUUUCUUACCACAAGAUUAGAAACUGAAAAUAAAUUAUUAACAUAUUAAGAAGAAGAAAAGUUAAUUGUUUCUAUCUGAGACCCAUCAACAAUGUCCUGAAAUACCUAAUGUUGGUGCAGAACUGUGUUGGAAUUCUCUGCUUGGUUAAGACCAAGGCUUGGGAGUAUGUUACGGUAAAGCAGCAAGGAUGUAAUGCAUUAUGUGUAACUAAAAUGUUAGACAUUGCUAAUACUGAGUAUUUGAGGGGGGGUGCAGGUCAGCUAAUCCACCCCAUACAGCGGGUUUACAUUGCUGUAUCUCCCUUUAAACAAUACCUUUUCUUUUUUUUUGUCUUUUUCAAUAUUCUUAAAUUAUUUUGUGUUGUUUUUGCCAGUGCUAGCAUUUUUGUGUUUCUUGGCAAUGAUACCUGUACGAGUGUUCCACCUCCAGUAGGUGGUGGGAAGGAUUAGCACACUGAUAGCCCUACACUGCCGGCCCUGGGUUGAGCAAGGUGGUGGUUGGGGCUUUUGCUGUAUGGAUCCGUACACUCAAAGUAACUGCCCUGAGAAGUGAUCUAGAAGUGGGUAGCUAGGCAUUAAUAAUAAUCCACAGUAUCGUAAUUGCUGUUUCUGGAUUUUGGUGAUCUAGGCUGGAACUUUAGUCAUUUAAAGAAGAAUAAUGUUUCACAGCUGACAGGCCAGUUAAGGUAUGGGUAACGUCAUUGAUUUCAACAGAUUUAAUGUAGCUGAAAGGUAUUAAAUCAAAUUCAAGAGUUCUCUUGAAUGUCAGUCAUGUAGAUACGUGGCGUGCAUACAAUAUUAACAGAAUCCAAAUAGCUGAUGGAAUUGUUUUAUAUGUACAUAUAUUUUCCCCCUCUAAAAUUACACUAGCUAACAGACUUUUGUAAGCUGGCAUGAGAACGUGUUUAUGAUGUUUAGUUGCACCAUGUUUGAUGCUUUUACAGUGCAAUACUUGUAUUCUCUGAAUUAAACCAAAGGUAAUUUUUUUUUCAUGCUCUCUCUACUGUAGUGCAUGACAGUCUUUUCUACGUUUGUAAUAGAUGUAAAACAAGCCAGAGCGUACAUCCUGUUUUUACCUAAAACAUGUAUAAGAACUCUUUUGUCCAAAACGUAGUAUAAAGUUGAACUAAAUUGCAUUAUAUUAACCUUACAAGUGUAUUUUCCUAAGCAUAGUUAUG